ACAAUUCUCCCUUGGUCCUGAUCCAGACCUUGAUUUAGGUACAUGGAUAAUGAUAAUCUAACAGCAGUGACUGAAUUUAUUUUGUUGGGAUUCUCAGGUUUGGGAACUUACCAGGUCCCCCUGUUUUGGGGGGUGCUCUUUGUCUACAUGAUCACUCUGCUGGGCAACCUCCUGAUUAUCACCAUUACCCUGCUUGACUCAGCCCUGAGCACUCCCAUGUAUUUCUUUCUCAGACAACUCUCUAUGCUAGAGAUUUUCUACACAACCACUAUUGUGCCCAGGAUGCUGAGUGAUCUCCUCUCCUCACAUCCUGUCAUCUCUAUUGCCAGCUGUUUCACCCAGAUGUAUUUUUUUAUCCUCUUUGGCAUUGCUGAAUGUUGCUUACUGAGUGUUAUGGCCUAUGAUCGUUAUGCUGCCAUUUGUCGGCCCCUGCACUAUGCCUCACUGAUGAACAGGCAGGUGUGUAUGGGAAUGAUGGGUGUUUCCUAUGUAAUGGGCAUCACUGCAGGCACUAGCAAUGCCCUGCUCAUCUUUACCUUGCCUUUCCAUGGUUCCAACAUUGUUCACAACUUCUUCUGUGAUAAUCUGCCUGUUUUGAGGCUGGCCAGUGCAGACACAUUCUGGGCUGAGCUUGGGAAUCUUGCUUUCACUCUGCUCUUUAUUGUCACACCCUUUACACUGAUUGUGUUUUCCUAUGUCCGCAUCCUCAUUACCAUUCUGGGAUUAGCUUCUGCUCAGGGGCGCCAAAAAGUCUUCUCUACUUGUUCUUCCCACCUAAUAGUUGUCACACUCUUCUAUGGGUCUGCUGCCAUUGCCUAUGUGAGACUCGGAGGCAAAGCGAAUAAGGACAUGGAUCAAAUCCUCUCCCUUUUCUACACAGUUGUCACUCCCAUGUUCAACCCUUUUAUUUAUACUCUAAGAAACAAGGAGGUGAUGGGAGCCCUGAGAAGAAAGCUAACAAAACACUUUUGAAGCCUUUAACUGGUCCAGUGGUUUCCUUGACUUCCUUUUUUGGUGAGUUCAGAGAUGCUUUUUUGUCUUUUUUAAAUCAAAUUUUAUAUUUUAAAAACAUCUGACAUUUAUCUGUUCUUCUACCCACCCCAUUAUAGAAAAACAAAACUUUUAAUAACUAUAUUAGUCAAGAAAAAAUUUCUUUAUCAUUUUUGUCUAAAAAUGUGUCAUACUCUGCAUGUUUAGUGUUCUUUACCAUCAGUAUCUGAUCUUUGUAAAAGAAGGGGGCAUAUGUGAGCCUUUAGAUUUUUUGUGUACUUCUUGGGGAAUUUUUGAGAUGGGCCUGAUCUUGCAGGACAUGCUUCCUUUUCUGAAAGUCCUAACGAUCUUUCUCUGUCAGUUUUCUGUUUAUGAUACGGAA